AUGGCUUCUUCAACUGAGACUGACGAGGAUACUGUACAAUUAAUUGAAGAGGGAUAUAAAAAACUUAAGGAAAAUAACUAUUUUAAUUCUCUUUUAAAAAAAUAUUUUACUGAAAAUCUAAAAGAAAAAUUAAAAUAUAAAAAGACAAAACUUGGGGCAACUUUAUUUGAUGUUAUUCUUUCGGGUGUUGCUAAUCCAGAUUCUGGUAUUGGUGUUUACGCACCUGAUCAAGAAUCAUAUCAUAAAUUUGCCGAGUUGUUCAAUCCGAUUAUUGACGAUUAUCAUGAAGGUUUUGGACCAGAAGCAGUACAUCCACCGACAGAUUUUGGAGAAAACAACAUUUCAGGUAAUUACCACAUAAAUAUAUCAUUUAGGUAA